AUGUCGGAUCUGGCAGGAGGCUUUGUGCCUCUGUCACCACCGCCAUCCUCGGUCGCUUCCUCGACUACGCCAAACUCGCUGCCGCAACCAAGGAGAACGCCCCUCAAGCCUGGCGGCACCAAGGAAUCGAGAUUGAUUCGCCAUGUCGACCAGCAAAUUCUUCACAUCCAGAGGCGCUUUGCAAAGAGAGAUCCCUCCUUGGGUCAUGGUGGUGUGCGAGAGAUGGACGAGGAGGGCAGGAUGAUUGAACAACUCAACGAUCCUGCCACCGAAAAGAGACUGCAACAAUCAGACGAGUGGAAUGAUGUACAAGGUUACUCUGGCUUUGGCGAAGCUGCGAAAGAUGUGGACGAGCUUGUAGCUGUCAUCUGGAUCAGUGGCACUCCAGCUCUGCAGGUGCCGUACUUGAUCAGUUUGGCUCUUCUCGUCAACAAUAUGAUUCCUGCGUUUCCGCUUGCUCCUCGUCCGCUGUUCAGGUUGCUGGGCAAGCUAGACCAUGCUUUUGCUUCGUUGAUCGUAGGCAGAGAUGUCGCGACCGAUGAAAUACUUCCUGGCUUCAACACGGGUCGUGGUGUCAGCGGCACAGAAAAGGUUCGCAUAAAGAGCUUGGUUGAGAGGACAAGAGUAUGCGUUGUCGAGGUACUGAACAAAGGAGAGUUUGACGAGGACGAUGAAGGCACUCGUGAGCCUUCACCUGAAGACACUGAUAUGGACGGUGAUUUGAUCCUGGAUGACGAUGACGGACCUGAGGACAUCAACGUCGACGACAUUGACGAUGACGAUGAUUGGCACACGCAAACAAGUAGAGUCUAUGACAAGACCAUGGUUGAGUUGGGCGACUCGAUGGACGGUGCUCCAAUUGGUAUCAUAACAGAAACCAGAAUCGGAACUUGA